GCUGGCAAGCAAGUCUAUAAAUAUAAUCUAAUGGGUUAAAUUUAACGAGUUUCUGAUCGCUCUCUAAAUCACCACUUUAACAUUUUCCAAAUCCCAUAGUUCUGAUUUCUCCAUUUUCCGGUGACUGUCGUUCCGCCACGUGUCCUCCUUUUCGGUUCAUUAAACAUUUAACAUUUUUCCGAAGCUCAGAGUUUGGAUUUCUUGAUUUUUCCGGUGACUGACGUUCUGCCACGUGUCCUUCUUUUCCGGACGAGAAUUUAGAGAUGAAGAAAGUCAAGAGAAAACUUGGGAAGUAUGAGCUUGGCAGAACUAUUGGCGAAGGUGCUUUUUCCAAAGUUAAGUUUGCGCGGAACACCGAGAAUGGCGAGAAUGUUGCCAUCAAAAUCUUGGAAAAGAGCACCAUUCUUAAGAACCAAAUGGUUGAGCAGAUCAAAAGAGAGAUAUCUAUAAUGAAAAUUGUCAGACAUCCUUGCAUAGUUCGGCUUCACGAGGUUUUAGCUGGCCGGACAAAAAUAUAUAUCGUUAUGGAGUUUGUCACUGGAGGAGAGCUUUUUGACAAAAUUGUUCAUCAAGUUAGGCUCCCUGAAAAAGAGGCCAGACGGUACUUCCAACAACUCAUAGAUUCAGUUGCUCACUGUCAUAGUAAGGGUGUAUAUCAUCGAGAUCUGAAGCCUGAAAAUCUUCUUCUUGAUUGCCAAGGUAACUUGAAAGUUUCCGAUUUUGGGCUUAGUGCAUUGCCUCAACAAGGAGUGGACCUCCUUCAUACCACUUGUGGGACUCCAAAUUAUAUUGCACCUGAGGUGUUAAGUAACCGAGGUUAUGACGGUGCUGCCGUUGAUGUGUGGUCCUGCGGUGUCAUCCUUUAUAUUUUAAUGGCAGGAUAUCUUCCAUUCGAUGAAGUAGACCUUCCUACCUUGUUUUCAAAGAUCAAUGCAGCUGAUUUCACGUGUCCAUUUUGGUUUUCUCCUGGUGCAGUGUCAUUGAUAAGAAGAAUUCUUGACCCAAAUCCUGACACUCGGAUCAAGAUUAAAGAGAUAAAAAGAGACCCUUGGUUCCGAAAAAGCUACUUGCCCCUCAGGGUUAAAGACGACGAAGAAGUGAAUCUUGAUGAUGUCCGUGCUGUGUUCGACGACAUUGAGGCCGAACUUGUAAGUGAGAGAUCUGAAAAUAGUGACAUUAGCGCCUCGGAGGAACUUGUAACGGAGAACUCUGGAAAUAGUGAGAGUGGCCCCUUGAUAAUGAAUGCAUUUGAGAUGAUCACACUAUCUCAGGGGUUGAAUUUAGCAGCCUUGUUUGACAGACGUCAGGAUUAUGUCAAGCGUCAAACUCGAUUUGUUUCCCGUCAGCCAGCUAAUAUAAUAAUAUCUUCUAUCGAAGCAGCCGCAGAGUCGAUGGAUCUCAAGGUUCAUACACAUAAUUACAAGAUUAGACUUGACGGCGUGAGGGCAAAUAAGACUGGUCCAUUUGCUGUUGUACUGGAGGUUUACCUAGUUGCUCCAUCCAUUUAUAUGGUAGAUGUUCGAAAGGCUGCCGGGGAAACCCUUGAAUACCAUAAGUUUUACAAGGAAUUCUGCAGAAAAAUUGAUAAUAUCAUUUUGAAACCAAAGGAGGGCAACUCUGGUUUGGCCAGAACAAUGACUUGCUGAUCCGAAUAACUGGGACUAACCAGUGUGAUGCGUUAACAAAAUAUGAAGCCUGCAAUCCCCUUGUCUAGUGAUGGUAUAGUAUGUUUGUUGUUGUAGAUGUCCUCCUUGAUGUGUUACCCAGAUGUUACCCCCAACCCACCCCCACCCCCCACCCCUACAACGGGUCCUCUUGGCCCCUCUAAAUUUAUGUAAUUGCAUAUCCUGCUGUUACUCUUUCGCUUCGUCUGUAUAUAAGGUGUCUGGAUUCCCUAUAAUCUUUAAGUAUGAUGCUACUGCACAACUUUGGUGUGCCGUAAUUUGUACAAAUAAGGUUGAGAGCCAAUUAUUCAGAAAUAUGCUUAUCAAAUACGACAUUCA